AUGUUCAUUGAUUUCAACACGAGAAAGGUCCUCCCUCACAUCUCCAUUGUUGUGACUCUUUACUCGGUUAAACAACAUCCCAAUGACGUUGUUGAUACACUGAUAGCCCGUCACCAUUGGAAUGGGAGAUGUUGCGGUAUGACUGGUUGGCUUCAUAAUGAGAAAGGCUUCCCUAGUAGAACAAUUCAAGUCAGUAAGGUAUGUGUAGGUUAGAGUAAAAUCUUUUCGAGAGUGUGAUUGUUGGAAAUGAGAUUUGCGGUAAGCAUCUGAUAGACUUUUGGUUCAGUUUUGAUUCGGCUGUGUCAUCAUCA